AUGCCCUGGUUCUGGUCCAGCUCGUCCUGCGACGAGUCCGCUUGCGCCGCCGUAGACCCCAACGCCCCGUCGACGAUUGGCCUGCUACUCUCGCUGCUGCCCUUUAUUCUUACCUUUGCCGCCGUCGCUGCCUUUGCGAGCCAGACGAUAUUCCCGAAGCUCGCCAGGGUCCACGACGCCCACGAUGGCGAGGACCACUACCUGCCGUCGCACGCCCCGCCCAGCCUGCGGCAGGCCCACGCCGAACACGGACAGAAGAGCGCCAGGAGGCGAAUCGCGGCCGCUGUCUUUUCCGUCACGAUUGCGCUGGCCACGGUGCUGGGCGAGUUGAUAUUGAGCGAGAUUUCGGAUUUGGUGAGCAACAGGGCGAAGGAGGUGGGGUUGCGCUUUACCGUGCCCACGCUCCUCGUGCUGCUGGUGGGCGUCAUACCCUUUUUGGAGAUCCAGAGCGUGGUCUCUGGUGCCGGGUGGAAGUUUCAGAGGAGCAAGAAAGGCAGGAUUCCGAGGUUCGCUUGGGGCGUGCAGAUGCUCGUGUUUUCUGGCUGGCUGUUUGCCUUUUGGAGCCUGGGGAGCUUCGUCGGCCUGGACAAGACAGCCACCGCCGGCGGGGGGAUUCUGCGCGCGUGUCUCGAGAGGAUCGGCGUUAUUGGUAUCUCGCUGAUGGCGAUGCUCAGCGGUUUCGCGGCCGUGUCGAGUCCCUGGCACACGCUCGGCGCGGCGUCGGAGAGGAGGAAGAGGCCCGUCACAGAGGCUGACGUGUCGAGGAAGGAGGCCGGGCUGGACGCCACCAACGAGAUGCUCCUGACGAAACGACACCGUCUGCAGGCGCUGGAGCGCAAGGCGGCCGCGGCGCAGUCUGGCGGAUCGUCGAGCUCCGGUGGCGGUGGCGGCGGGUUCAUGGGCAAGAUGCUCGGCGCCGUGCGCGGCAUGGGCGGCGGCGACGAGGCCGAGAUGCGGGCGCUGAGGCUGGAGAUUACCGGGCUAGAGACCAUGGAGGCGAACCUGCACUCUUCGCUGGGGGUUAUGCGCUCGCGCCGGGCGGCGGACGCGCGCGCGGCGACGACGAUGGGGAAAUUGUUGGCCGUCCCGCACUAUGUCUUUUCAUUGUACUGUCUGUACCGCAUCCUGGCGACGACGCUGGCGAUGCUGCGGAGGACGUACUACCCGUCGUCGAGCUUCAGCUCCUCGGACCCGAUUAACCGCUUCCUCGGGCUGCUGGCGCGGCACUGGGAUCCCAAACUGGACCAGAUUGCCUGGGCGCGGCAGAUUAGUUUUCUAUUGUCGGGCGUCAUCCUCGCGGCGAGCGCCAACAGCGUGCUGCAGACGUUCCACCUCUUUUCGAAAUGGAUGCCGGGCCUGCUGUACCAGGCGCAGGCGAACCUGGCGCUCAUGAUUGGGCAGAUUGCGGCCGUGUACGUGAUUUCUGCGGCGCUGCUGCUGCGGAGCAACUUGCCGCGGGAGAUGGGCAGCGCGGUCGGGGAUGCGCUCGAGGGGGCGCUGGAGCCACGGUUCGUGGAUUGGUGGUUUGAGGGGUGGUUUCUGAUGAGCUGUGCCGUGACGGGGUUGGGGGUGUGGAUUGCGAGAAAGAUUGGGCGGGAGGACUGGGAUGAAUAUGGGGUCGAGGAGAUGGGUGCCAAGAGGAUGUAG